AUGUCAUCCUCGCAGCCCCCGGCUCUGAUGCUCCCUCCGCGGGUUGACCUCGAGAGGGACGAUUCUAGCACGAUGGUCCGUGGCACGCCGGAGUGGCUGCGAGAGACGCUGAUGUGGACGGCCGGAGAGAUGGCGUCGCUGGCGCGUGCGAUCCUUGCCAUGGUCGUCGACAGCUACGGCAUCUCGCAACGCUGCGACGAGAUCGUCGGCGCCACGGACAUCAACUUCCGCAUGCUCAGGUACUGCGUGGACUCCUCUCGGACGUCGCCCGACGAGGAGCCGGCCGUCGGCCUCGCCGAGCACGUGGACGGGAGCUACCUGACCGUGCUGUUCCAGAACGACGUGGACGGCUUCGAGCUGAAGACGAGGGGCGGCGGCGACUUUGUGAGGGUGCGCCCUGCAGGCCCCGAUUCCCUCCUCGUCGUCGCCGGCCAGCCACUGGUGGCUUGGAGCAACGGGAGGGUGCACGCGCCGUUGCACAGGGUGGCCGUCGGCGGGCGUGAGGACCGGCUGUCCUGCGGCGUGUUCCUGCUGCCGAGCAAGGACCUCGUCGUCGUCGACGCGCCACCGGAGCUGGUCACCGCGGACGCACCGCGCCGGUUCAGGCCGUUCGCUUACAUGGACUACCUCAGGUUCAAGCACGCCGCCGGCAACGGCGAGGACGUGCUCGACCGCUUCGCCGGGAUGUAA